CUGACCAGGAAGUGAAUUCUAAAUGCAAUUCGACGACUUUAUUGCUCAUAAAUCACCGGAUUGUAUAUUUAUAACACUUUGACUAUUUUUUUCGUAGCGAACUGAGCAACGUUAUUCAGUGUUAGUGAGUAUUUUCUGUGUAAACCGCACCAAUGAACAACAGAAGCCAUACGUGUGUGAUAAUGACCAGCCUGGCCUCAGUAGUUUUCCUUAUGAUGGUGUUAUAUGGCGUCUUUGGCACCCAGCAGGCUAGCAGCUUCAUCUUGCGCCAGGACUACCAGCUGCUGGGCCGGCCGUUGUACAAACUGGACCUGAGCUGGCCCAAAAAUCCUGAACUUUUCACUGGGAAUGUGUUUGGAGUGGCUGUCAACCAGUAUGCUGGUGUGGUCUAUGUUGCACAAAGAGGUGAGAAUGUGCCCAAGGUGCUGGCAUUUACAUCAGAAGGCGACUUCCUCAUGUCCUGGAACACAACCACCUUAGAAAUGCCCCAUGGUAUAUUUUUAGCAGAUGCCUUGUCAAACCCGACUAUCUGGAUCACAGAUGUGGGAAAUGGUCCGUAUGGCCACACCGUGAAACAGUACUCGCCAUCAGGGAAACUUUUACAGGUGCUUGGUACGCCAGGGGAAGCUGGCUCUGGGCUCAACCCUUUGCAGUUUGACCAGCCCGCUGAGAUCUUCAUCCACGAAUCUGGAGAAAUGUACAUAGUGGACGGUGACGGCGGCAUGAACAAUCGACUCAUUAAACUUUCUUCGGACCAGGAAGUAUUGUGGGUGCAUGGAGAAAAAGGACAAGGUCUUGCUCAGUUCUACAUCCCUCAUAGUGUAACCGUGGAUAACGCUCAGAGGGUGUGGGUAGCUGAUAGGGGUAACAAGAGGAUCCAGGUCUUCAACUCACUUACAGGGGACUGGCUGGGGUCAUGGGGAAGCUGCUUCACUGAGGACGCACCUUACUCAGUCCGCCUGACCCCUAAUAAGAAGUACUUUGUUGUUGUCCAGCUCAACACUAAUCAGAUUUCCCUACUGGAUGCACCACCGGUGGGUUUAAUUGGCCAGUGCAGGGUGGUCAGUGUGAUUCAAAUGGCUGAUGAAGCCAAGCCACAUUUGGUCGACUUGGACCUAAAGUCAGGGGUUCUGUAUGUGGCUGAGAUUGGAGCCCAGCAGGCGCAGAAGUUCAUCCCCUUCAGUCUAGGUAGAGAGACACUGCGAUUCAAAAGGAGUCAAUGACUAACCACUUUGCUCCAACACUUUGAUUGCCAAUGAAGUGGUUGGCCACUGAAAAAUUGGUUAACCAUUUUCUCAGCUACUUGAACCAACAAAGUGGUUAACCAUCAAUUGGCCACUGCUGUUGUGGCUGACCAUGCCACUAAUAUAUAUAUAUACAGUCAUGGCCAAAAAUAUUGGCACCCCUGCAUUUCUGUCAGAUAAUGCACCACUUCUCCCAGAAAAUUGUUGAAAAAAAGCCAAAUCUGAUAUUAUUUUACACAGAACACCAAAAAUGAACUGGACAAAAUUAUUGGCACCUUUUCAAAGAAAUUGUUCUAUUCUAAGCAUGUGAUGCUCCUUUAAUUUGUAAUUAAACUCACCUGUAGCAAGUAACAGGUGCUGGCAAUAUAGAAAUCACACUUGCAGCCAGUUAAAAUGGAGAAAAGUUGUGUUGUGUGUACCACACUGAGCAUUGCCAAAAGAAAUAAGAGCAAAUAACUCUCAGAGGAUUUGAGAACCAAGAUUGUGGAAAAGCAUGGAGAAUCUCAAGGCUAUAAGUCCAUCUCCAGAGAUCUAAAUGUUCCUGUGUCUACUGUGCGCAAUGUCAUCAAGAAGUUUAAAGCCCAUGGCAAUGUAGCUAACCUCCUUGGAUGUGGACGGAAGAGAACAAUUGAUGAAAGACUGCAACAAAGGAUUGUUAGAAUUGUGGAUAAAGAACCUCGAUCCACUUCCAAACAAAUUCAAGCUGACCUGCAGACACAGGGUACAACAGUGUAAGCUCGCACUAUCCGUCGCCAUCUCAAUGAAAAGGGACGCUAUGGUAGGAGACCCAGGAGGACCCCGCUGCUGACACAGAGACAUAAAAAAGCAAGACUGGAGUUUGCAAAGACUUACAUGAGGAUGCCAAAAUCCUUCUGGGAGAACAUCCUGUGGACAGAUGAGACUAAAGUGUAGCUUUUUGCUAAAGCACAUCAUGACACUGUGAAAAAAAUGAGGCCUUUAAAGAGAAAAGAACACCAUACCUAUAGUCAAACAUGGUGGAGGUUUACUGAUGUUUUGGGGUUGCUUUGCUGCUUCUGGUACUGGAUGCCUUGACUGUGUGCAUGGUAGAGCUGUGAAUCUUUGGGUGUCCCACGAUUCGAUUCAAUAUCGAUUCUUGGGGUCACGAUUCGAUUCAAAAUAGAUUUUUUUUUCAAUUCAACACGAUUCUCGAUUCAAAAACGAUUUUCUCCCGAUUCAAAACGAUUCUCUAUUUAUUCAAUACAUAGGAUUUCAGCAGGAUCUACCCCAGUCUGCUGACAUGCAAGCAGAGUCGUAGAUUUUUGUAAAAAGCUUUUAUAAUUGUAAAGGACAAUGUUUUAUCAACUGAUUGCAAUAAUGUAAAUUUUUUAACUAUUAAAUGAACCAAAAAUAUGACUUAUUUUAUCUUUGUGAAAAUAUUGGACUCAGUGUGUUGUCAAGCUUAUGAGAUGCGAUGCAAGUGUAAGCCACUGUGACACUAUUGUUCAUUUUUUAAAAUUUAUAUAAAUGUCUAAUGAUAAUGUCAAUGAGGGAUUUUUAAUCACUGCUAUGUUGAAAUUGUAACUAAUAUUGAUACUGUUGUUGAUAAUAUUCAUUUUUGUUUCACUACUUUUGGAUUGUUCUGUGUCGUGUUUGUGUCUCCUCUCAAUUGCUCUGUUUAUUGCAGUUCUGAGUGUUGCUGGGUCGGGUUUGGUUUUGGAAUUGGAUUGCAUUGUUAUGGUAUUGCUGUGUAUUGUUUUGUUGGAUUGAUUUAUAAAAACAAAUCAAAAAAUAAUAAUAAUAAUGAAAUAAAAUAAAUCUAUUUUUUAAAAAUGAGAAUCGAUUCUGAAUCGCACAACGUGAGAAUUGCGAUUCGAAUUCGAAUCGAUUUUUUCCCACACCCCUAGUGCAUGGCAUCAUGAAAUCUGAGGACCAACAAAUAAUUUUGGGGCAUAAUGUAGGGCCCAGUGUCAGAAAGCUGAGUCUCCGUCAGAGGUCAUGGGUCUUCCAGCAGGAAAGCGAUCCAAAGCAUACUUCAAAAGUCACAAAAAAAUGGCUUAGGACAAAGCGCUGGAAAGUUCUGAAGUGGCCAUCAAUGAGUCCAGAUCUAAAUCCUAUAGAACAUCUGUGGAGAGGUCUAAAACAGCAGUUGGGAGAAGGCACCCUUCAAAUCUGAGACACCUGAAGCAGUUUGCAAAAGAAGAGAUGUCCAAAAUUCCAGUAGCAAGGUGUAAGAAACUCAUUGAUGGUUACAGGAAGCCAUUGAUUUUAGUAUUUUUUCCAAAGGGUGUGCUACCAAAUAUAAAGUUGAGGGUGCCAGUCCAUUUUUGGAGUUCUGUGUAAAAUAAUAUUAGCUUAGGCUUUUUUUUGUGUUGUUCCAAUGCAAACAAACAAUUUUGUGGGAGAAGUGCUGCAUUAUCUGACAGAAAUGCAGGAAUGCCAAUAUUGUUGGCCAUGACUGUGU